UUUUUAAUUUGUUUGAAUUUUGAUUAUGGCAACAUAUCUAAUUAAUGGCGGAUGCGCUUGCGUGAUGCCGGGUGCGUGCUAUUUUACCAUCUAAAAAUUGGCGUCUUUUACAUUACAGUGAUUUAUAUUUUGUGCGGUAGUGCUGUUAAAUAAUACAUUGUUGAACACUUAAAAUGGUGGCGCGAAGAGGUCGCGGCGCGAAAAGCCAGCCAGCGGCUAAGCCGAAAACCGAAGAACCCGUGGCGGCAGAGGGCGAAGCGGAAGUGGCCGAAGUGGAAACAGCUGAAGAAAACAAUGGAGAAGCAGUUGCAGAACAGACCGAAGAAGCAGCAGCUGCCGAAGAACAGACUGUAGAAGGCGAGCAGACCAAGGAAGAAGAAGCUAAACCAGAAGAACCGAAGGAAGAAAAGGUUGAAUCUGGUAAACUACUCGUGGAGAACCUCCCGCCAAGCUGUCUCUUUGACUAUCAAGACAAGCUUAAGGAACUAUUUUCCAAGCAUGGGGAAGUCACCAGUGUCAAACGUGGUCCAAUCAUUGUAACCGAACUGACCACUACACCAACUUUAUCGGCUAUAGUCGAAUUCAAAAACAAAGAUUCCCUGGAAAAGGCGCUGGCGGAGGCGGGCACGGUGCUGGACGGCUGCGCGCUGGCGGUGGCGGCCGAGUCGCGCGCGGAGACGGCCGUGCUGGUGGGCGUGCCGUACGAGGCGGGCACCGACUACGUGCGCGCGCUGUUCGCGCAGUGCGGCGACAUCGCGCACAUUCACGAGUUCAGCAAGACCAAGUACAAGAUAUUGCGAGUGACGUUCCGCGAGAAGGAGUCGGUGGAGAAGGCGCUGAAGCUGGACCGCGAGCUGCGCAUCAACGGCUUCCUCGUCACCGUCUCCAAGUACCGGGACGAGGAUGAGCAGAAGGCGCACGCGGCCAACACCAACAAGAACAAGCGGCAGCACGCCGCACAGAACCGCAACAACGCGGCGCCGGCGACCCCGAGCGCGCCGCCGGCCGCGCGCCCCAACAACUUCAGGCCCCGCGGCGGCGGCGGCGGCGGCGGCGGGUUCAACGGCCGCGGCAACUACAGGGGCGGGCGAGGGCGCGGCUUCGGCGCGCGCGGCGGCUCGUUCCCGCGCGGCGGCUUCGGGCCCGUCAGCUCCUACAUCCCGCCGCAGCAGUUCAUGGGCCGCCCGAACUACUAGAGUGUCAUUUGAAAGAGUGAAGAGUGCAUACAGCAGGGCUACAUGAACGACGGGCAGCGGCCGAACAAGCGGCUGCGACAGAUGUAACUGCAGUAGCGUGUAAGAUACGGAGGCAACGUGUGCGUGCCCGGUCGUCUGUGUGUGUGUGUGUGCAGUGGAGUGUGUCAGAGACUGUGCGGAUAAAUCUAGCUAAUUGUAUUUACUAAGUACACCAGAUGAAGUUUUAAUGUUAAUAUUAACGAUUGUAAACUAUUGUCUUUUUUGACAGGUAAUAAAUAAUUAUUACUAACAUUUCAA